UACCCACAGGUGACCAAGUGAGCCCCAAGCACGCAGAACAGCAUCCACUAUGCUUUCUAGCCUGAUCCUUCACGUGGGUCUGGCUCAUGGGAAUGGUGUGAACUCUUGGCAGGCCCCAAGGAGGCAAGCAUGGUUAUGCUCACUUUCACCCAAGGGGGCAACUGGGCCUUCAGGGCCUUCUGAUUCCAAAUCAGUGCCUUUCCCCUCCACCACACGGGCCUCCCCGUGCCAUCAUCCAGAGAGUGGAGGGCUGUGGGGCUCAGGAGGUGUGGGUUGAGAGAGGGAACAGAGGCCGCUCCGAGUGAGAAGCUGCGGUGAUGCCUUGUUGGGGGGUAAUGUCUUUAGGACGGAUGUAUUCAGAGUGCCAAAGCUUUUAGGAGACUUCAAAUAGAGACUUAUUUCACUUGUUCCUUAUAAGAAAAAUGGCCAAAGUUGGACAACAUGUUCUGCAAAGCUUGCUCUGUGGGAGCCUGAAGCCACCCACCCACAGUCCCUUCAGUGUGCUGCUUCCAGGAUGUCCCCCGAGAUAAUGUGCCCAUUCUGCGCCACCAGUCCCCUCUCCUCAGCCCUAGAACACUGGCACAAUGGGUCAGAACUCUUAAAGCCAGGCUGUUCUGCCCUGUGGCCCUGGGAGUCAGGGAGCCACAGAGGUUCUGUGAAUUCCACCACCAGCAAACAAGGGGCAGCGUGGAGGAGUGGGCACAAUGUCUGAGGGAGCUUACCAGCGCCUCUGGGAGUCCUCCCACGUGACCCUGCAGGAGCUGCUGGACCAAGAGCAGCCUCUGCUCGAACCUGUGCCCGACCGGGAGCGGCAGUCCUUCCAGUACAGGCUCGCGUCGCUCUACCUGCACUACCUGGGGCUGCUGCGCCGCUUCAACACCGUCUAUGACCAGAUGGUGCAGCCGCAGAAGCGGCGGCUGCUGCGGCGCCUGCUGGACGGCGUGGCGGGCCGCGUGCUGGAGCUCAAGGACGAGCUGGUGCGCGCCGACCUCUGUGAAAACCCCUGCCUGGACCGCGUGCUGCAGGAUCUCAAGCUCACCCCGGCUGACCUGGAGGUUCCAAUCCCCAAAUACUUCCUGAUGGAGCAGUCUACCGCUGUGCGGGAGCGACGGCUGAUACUGGCUGAGAUCCUGUCCAGACUGGAGCCAGAGUCCUCCCAGAAGAGCUUUAUAGGAAUGCACCGGACUGAGGCCAUAAUUCUAGUGCAAAAGGCAGAGCGGGCCAGGCAAGGCCGGCUUCGAGCCACCUUCAUGCAAGAGAUUCGAAGAGAUGAGGAGCAGGAUCGGAGGAUUCGGGAGGACGGAUGGCACAAGUUCAGUCAGUGCCAAGCAGCUAUCAGCAUACAGAAGGUAUGGAAAGGCUACCUGCAGAGGAAACGCACUCAGCAGGACCGGCAGACAGAGAUGGAGUUCAUUGGCAUGCUCCCCUCACCCAACCAGGCAGAGCACCUGAGCAUCAUCUCCCAGGCCUGCCUCUGGGAGGAUGUCCGGAGGCUCCACCAGGUAGAGAAGGAGGAGGAAUUCCGGGCGGCAAUGGUGAAGGCCCAUGAUUCUCUGGCAGAGACAGAGGGGCCUGACAUGAAGGAGAAGAUGAAGGAGCAAAUCCGACAGUGGUUUAUCGAGUGCCACGAUCUUACUGGCCAAUUCCCUGAUUAUCCAGAUGCGUCUUCAGGUGGAUCCUACUCAAUCUUUGCAGACAAAACUCCAGAACAGGUGAGAAUGGAACUGGAAAUGCAGGUCCAAGAGAACAAAAAAAAGGAACAAGAGAAGAGAAAGGAAAAAGGAAAGGAUGAAAAAAAGAAGAAGAAGAAGAAAGGAAAGGAAGAAAAGUCCAAGAAGGGGGAAGUGGAUGCGGUGCUGCAAGUGUUGCCAUCCAAAUGUAUCCCUAUGAUCAGUGCCGGGCAUGAGGAAUACUUAAAUACAUGGAAGAACCGGUGUGAGAGCAUACACCCCAGUCAGAAUUAUGACUCCGAGACCCUCCGGGAGGAGAAGAGGAAAGAGGUGGAGCUGGAGAUCCGGAUACAGGUGGAUGAGCUGAUGCGUCAGGAGCUGAGGAACCUCCGUCUGGUUGUGGACAAGGAGGAAGAAAGACCCUUGAGGGCUCCAAAGAAAACACCUGGGAAGAAAACUGGGAAAAAGAAGGAAAAAGAUCUAACCCCAAACAGGUCUGUGGAGUCUCUGUAUGAAGAGCUAGUUAUUUCUGGACUUCUAAGGAAGAGUGAAUCAGUAGCAUUGAAAGACUACGUAGGUGACUUCCUCUAUCUUGGAUCUGCUCUGAGUUUGGCAAAGAAGUUGCCCAUGCCAUCCCUGUUUGACAUACGACAGAAUGUGGCUUUGUAUGCGGUCCUUCGGCUUGGCUCCCCGGAUAUCCAUGCGAUGGCCCCGCUCAUCCGCUCCAUCCUCCUGGUGGGCCCCUCUGGCAUGGGGAAGAAGAUGCUGGUCAAGGCAGUGUGCACAGAAACUGGCGCCAACCUGUUCGACCUGUCACCGGGCAACCUGCUGGGCAAAUAUCCUGGCAGGAAUGGGGCACAGAUGAUGGUGCAUAUAGUCUUUAAGGUAGCCCGACUCCUACAGCCCUCUGUGAUUUGGAUUGGAAAUGCUGAGAAGAAUUUCUAUAAGAGGAUCCCCAAAGAAGACAGGGAGAUGGACCCAAAGCGGAUAAAGAAGGACCUCACCAAGGCCUUGCGGCUGCUGACUCCUGGAGACCGUGUGAUGCUGAUUGGGACAACCUCCCAGCCGCAGCUGGCUGAUCUUCGGGGGCUGUGCCGGGUCUACGAGCGGAUCCUCUUCAUGCCCCGGCCUGACUACGCGUCCCGCUAUGUGCUCUGGAAGCAUAUGAUAGAGGCCCGGGGCAUCCAGCCAACCCAGCACUUGGACAUCAGUGCCCUAGCCAAGGUCUCCGAUGGCUACACGCCAGGUCACAUUCUCCAAGCCAUCCAAUCGGUGCUGAGUGAGCGGCGGUUCCUGCAACUGUCCAAGCGGCCCCUGGUGGCCUCUGAGUUCCUGGGACAACUGGCGAAGCUGGAUCCAGUAUACAGGGAGGAAGAGGAGUCCCUGAAGGACUGGUACUUCAAGACCCCACUGGGCAAGAAGAGCAUGAAACACAGGAUGGACCAGUUGGAGGCUGAGGAGGCCAAGCUGGCCAAGGAGAAGAAGAAAAGAAAGUGAUGGCUAAGGCUUGUGGGUACCUGAGAUUAGUGGCGUGGGACAGGGCAGUGGCCCAAGGGUAAAGGGAUGGGGCAGAGGCAUAAACGCCCAGAUGACUUGGGGACAAACUCUUCUUGUCCAUCCAUGUCCGUGUCUUCCCACCCCGCCCUCUGUGUCCCCACCUGUGCCUGGCCCUGUCUAGCCCCCACCUCUCUCCUGGGCCCUGGCCCUUGCCAGCUCACUGCCGCCUCCCUGCUGUGGCUCCCAGAUCCCUGUCCCCAGCCCCCACUUCCAGGUCUUCAUCUCCUU